CGGUAACCGUCUCGGCAGCAACAUGGCUUACAAGGUGAUCAUCUUCGCGGCGGUAGUGGCUGUGGCCCGCGCCAUCUACCUGGACGCUCCCGCGGUAUACGCUCCGUACGCUGCCCGCGCCUAUGCUGCUCCCGCUUACGCCGCCCCGGCUGUCGUCGCCGCCCCCGCCGUCCGCGCUGCCCCUGUGGCCGUCGCCGCCCCCGCUGUGAGGGCCGCCGCAGUGCCGGUAGCUGCCACCGCCCCCGCAGCCGUGGCCGCCGCCGAGUACGACCCGCACCCGCAGUACAGCUACGGCUACAGCGUGUCCGACGCCCUCACCGGCGACUCCAAGACUCACCAGGAGAGCCGCGACGGAGACGUUGUCCAGGGCAGCUACAGCCUGGUCGAGCCCGACGGCUCCGUGCGCACCGUCGACUACACCGCAGACCCCGUCAACGGCUUCAACGCCGUCGUGCACAAGGAGGGCGGAGUCCACCCACCUGUUGCCGCCCCCGCUCCUGUGGCCGUGGCCGCCCCAGCCGUAGCCAGGGCUGCCAUCGCCGCCCCAGCUGUGGCCGCCGCCCCUGUGGUGAGGACCGCCGUCGCCGCCCCCGCCAUCGCAGCCGCCCCCAUCGCUAGGGCAGCGAUCGCUGCACCCGCCUACGCCACCUAUGCCGCCGCUCCGUACGCUACCCCUGUCUACCCGUACGGUAGGACUGUCAUUGCGUGAAAUCUCAUUCGGCGGCUCCCACGUGUGCAACCCUGAACCCUACUUGUUGCUGGGUUCGCAAUCACAUUCAUUCUGUACCCAUAACAUGCAAAUAAAGAUGUCUUAUACUUA